UAUUAAUGAUCAGUUGCUGACGUGUCUUGGUAUAGAUUAAAGAAGACCACUUCAAAGGGAUGAUGUUUUUGAACAUUAGACACAUACACCUGACUCUUUCAGGUAUCCUUCUGGUGUGCAUGCUGACUGAUGCUGGUGCUGUACUUAAGAAAGAGAAUAAAUGCAAUCCGAAAAUGAAGGUGAAACUCAAAUUUGGAAACUUAGCAGACAGCGGCCAAAGCCCUAUGGCAGGGGAUAUCAGAAUUCGUUCCAUCUCACCAUGGAACUAUACAAUCGACCAGAACCCUUUAAGAUAUCCAUCAGACAUUCUGCAGGCCAGUUGUAUCCAUAAUUUCUGCAUUAAGGGUGAUAGUAUGGAUGUCAACCUAAACUCAGUUGCAGUUGAACAAGAAAUUCUGGUCCUAAUGCGAGAAACAAAAAAUAGCUGUGACAAGUACAGGUUGGAGAAGAUGAAAGUUCGUGUUGGCUGCACCUGCGUCCAACCAAGACAAAUAUUCUCAGACUGAUGUUUAUUAGUGGCUGCAGACAGUUUGUUUACAUUUGUAUUGGACCAUAGCUAUUACUAUCAUUGCUAUAUUCAUAAAUAUGUCAUCCAAAACAACUGAGGAAAUUAUGGAAACGAUAGUUACCUAUGGAUAUGUCUACAUUUAUGCACACAAUAUUAGAAAAGGGAAACAUAUAAACAUGAGUUAUAUUAUUUACAAAAUAUGUUUAUUCAUGAAUUCAUUAUCGUUCCCCAGAAAAAAAAGUAACAGGGUAAACUAAAAGUAGCACUCUCCAAAGCAUUAUAUGUAGGUGCACAUUCGUGCUUCUUCUGGUUAUUUUAUUUCUUGAAGCUGUUGAUUUCCAAUUUCUUCAAGACACAUUUCAUCUUAAUUAUUUUUAUGUUUAAGCUGUUAGAGCUUCUUGGAACAAAAAUUGUCAUGCUUUAAAAGCGCAUUGGAUCUUCAGUUUCAUUACAAAAUGUUUCUGCAGGAUCACUACAACUCAAAAAAACAAGUGUAAGAAAACACUUUAAUUACAGUGUUUUCUCUUACACUUGUUUUUGAGCUUGUGGAUAGCUGUGGUACAGUGCCUAACAUUUUUCUUAUAUGUUAUACUAGUCAUUUACCAGUUCUUCUUUGAAUAAGACAGUCUGUCUUAUCGUACAAAUAAUCAUACAGUCUAAAAAAAGAUGCACCAUGGCUCCUCCUGUUUAGAGAAAAGGUACAAAAACACAUAACAAUGCCAAACAAGUAAGCAGGCCUAGGUCGCCAUUUUUGACUAGUUGGCAUGGUAAAACAUAAAAUGAUGAAGCUUCCAUGUAUUCACCAUGCUGAAUUUCACAUUUGGCUACAGUUGCAUGCUAGACAGCAUUAAGCAAUAAUCUGAUGCAAAAUGUCAUCACUCUAUCAACAUGAAAAUAAAUAGAUUUUUCUUACUUGUGACUUCGAAAUAAAUUAAAGCUAAUGAACAAUAUAUUUUAAAUAUAUAUGUAGGCAUUACAGUGUUAAGUGUUUUGUGAUCUUAGGAAAAAAGAUAGAAUUUGCCUAAAGACAUAGCAUUUGUGUAACUAGGACUCAGAUGUGCAAAGGGUUACUAUAUUUCAAACGAUAUAACUGAACAGUUAGAUAAAGCUUAUAUAUCUAUUUCCAUUAAUUUACUUAAGACAAAUGUUAAAUAUUUUAUUGUCAUUCUUGACGUAAUACAGUGUAGUGAAAUUUAAAUGUAAGUAUAGUUUGACAUAUUGUAUGAAGAAAGGGUAAACUAAACUGGAGUAUGAAUUUUUAAAUGAAUACUUCCUACGUAAUACUACUGUCAUAAAUAAUUGAGCAAUGAUGAAAUAAAUUUAGCUAUAAAACACAUGUAUCACACUCCCAUCAAAUUUUAUAGUAAGUGUGGCAUACGAGAGUUGGAGUUGUGGGGUACAAAUCCUUUUGUGUGCCAUAAAACAGGUAUUUGUACUGUAGCCAUUUCUCAACAAGACUUUUCCUGAAUUAUAUGAAAGUAUAAUGCCACUGUGCAAGCCUGGAAUCUAAUGUGCAAAGAUUAAAUUAUAAUACAGAUUGCAAGAAAUUAAAGCAGUUUGCCUUUGAAACAGUACUUCAUGUUGUUCUCUAUUACUACAAGGAGCCCUUGAAAGACAUUGCUUAAAAAGGACACCUGGCAGUUUCAAAUGCUUUGUUUACUGGAUUUUCUUCAGUACUUUACCAGCAAACAUACAUACACACUCACACAUGCAUGCACAAACACAUACGCGCA